UCAGCAGCGGGUGAACUUCAACUCUAUGAUGGCUUCACGCAUGAGACACUUAGCGAAGACGAGCUUCGAGCCAUGAGCUCCAGAUGUCCGUGCAUCCGAAGAAAACACCCACGACGGAGUGACUCACGGUUUAAAGUAGUUGAAUAAGCGGUCGCCGGUGCGGACGGGGAGUUCUCGGGCUCCUUUGUGCUCCUACUUAAAGCCACCGUGCCGAAGCCGUGUGGUUUUAUGGGGCAGAGAGGCGUUGAGCUGCAGCCGCCACACGCACACGCAGCUGCAGACACAUAUGGAUAGCACGCGUGCGCAUCUUCAUCAAGUGGCACAUUUUUGGCGAGUCGGAAAGUCCGUUUAGCUUUCAAAGUUGGCAACACGCACACUCGACGAGUGGCAGCACGCUGCGAACUUAGUCACAGAGAGGAUCUCCAAAUACUUUUGGACACAUUUGCGCUCGUCCUACAAGAAGAUGCGUCAGGAGGUCGUGAGGAGACUUCGCGUGUCCCUCGUUAUGUUCUCCGUGCUGCUUCUUAGUUUGGCCACGGGAUUCCCAAGCAGACACAGAAAUGCUGCUCACAAGGGUCACGGCCACGUAGUUCACAGCGAUGGGAUCCAGUAUGACCCUGACGCUUUUGAGACGCAGAACCAGGUGCAAAGCUUGCCGGAGCCCCCCAGCCAUCAGAGAAAGUGGACCCAUCCCCAGCACCGCUCUGUUGGAGUACUUCCUCAGCCAGAACCCGAGGAGGAGACCAAGCCCUUCAUCCUUGAUUUGAAGAAUUUCCCAGAACUGGCCAAUGCCGACCUGAACUCGCAGAACCCCAACAUACAGGUCACCAUCGAGGUGGUGGAUGACCCCCAGAUGGAGGUCGAGAUGGACCUGGCCAAGGACAAUGACUGGAUACCAUCCUCGUCUUCCUCUCCCUCUUCCUCAGUAGAUUGGCUAGGAGGCAAGAAGCUUUACUGGCCGCUUUUCUGGAGUUACACAGACUCCGGGGAGGACGGCACCAGCCGCUCAACUUUAGAAGAAACUGCCGAGGAAGAGGAAGAAGAUUAUUCUCUGUACGGCAGCGAGGAGCCCUCACUCAGCGGAAUUGGCGGGGACUGGGGUAGUUACUGGAAUGAAGGCUGGGAUCCAAUACAGACCUACUAUGAGAAGGAAACGGAUGAGUGGACUCCGUGGUCUCCUUGUUCGGUCACAUGCGGACCCGGUGAGAGGAAAAGGACAAAGUCAUGUGGCUACUCUUGUACUCUGACUGAAGCCUCCAAGUGUGACCUGGAGCCCUGUCCUGGUGAAGUUAAUACUGUGGUUGAGCCUUUUCCUUUUGAUAUGGAGAAUGGCACCGAACCAUUUGGAACAGAUGUGGACAGCUGUGAAAAGUGGCUCAACUGCAAGAGCGACUUCCUCCAGCGGUACCUCCGGCAGGUGUUCUUGGAGUUGCCCAGCUGCCCUUGCUCCUUCCCUUCUGAAGUGGCGUACACCGUAGUCAGCGUUUACGACGACUCCCGCGGACGGACGUUCCGAUGGCGUGACGCCAGCGGCCCUAAGGAGCGCCUAGACAUCUACAAACCGUCCGCCCGCAGCUGCAUCCGCUCGGCGCUCUCCGGCGACUCAUCCACUCUGGCGGCGCAGCACUGCUGCUACGACGAGCGCGGGCGACUCAUCACCAGAGGGAAAGGCGCCGGCAUGCCUAACCUGAUCAGCACCGAGUUCUCGCCAGAGCUGCACUUCAAAGUAGACGUGCUGCCCUGGAUCCUGUGUAAGGGAGACUGGAGCCGCUUCCACGCUGUCCGACCGCCCAACAACGGCUUGGAGUGUCCCGAGAACCCCCAUGAGGACGUGUUUAUGAACGAACUAGAGGAGGCCAGAGAGUACUGACCAAGACGACGGCCUACCUUUCAAAGUCAUGUACUAUUUGUCUCAAGCAUGCGGCAGCCGUUUACUCUCACGCAUUACCAAGAGAAAUCCUUCCUCGAUCUCCUUACAUAAAGGCUCCAAUGAAGAAAGUGAAUGGCACAAAUGGCAGAAAAUGCAAAAUUGGAGCUCCUUGUAUUCAGUUUUGUACCUGCUAAGUGUCUUUCAUUAUGUUUACUUCAAGACCGAGAUCAUGCUGUGUAAUUUUGGUACAAAGGAAUGGAGACGUACAGGUUAGUUGGUUGUACUCACAACGAAGUUGCUAGACUCUUGAACAGAAAACCAGACGAGAUGUUUUUAAAUAUUUGGAAAGCCGGUCGGAAAAGAUGAAGUGGCUGCCAAAGAGUUGAAAAGCAGUGUUUGGUGCCGAUGUACGUCCAACUUCCUUAGUUUCUACGGUGCACGUGUAUGAAAUCGAAGCGUCCAUGCUUCUGUGGUGUUUGUGUCUCUACCGUGUUCUCAGGGGAACUCAACUCAAAAGUAACUGCCAUGAUGUCGUCCAUUUACCUCGAAUUUCACCUGGUACGAAGCAGGGAGUAGCAGGCGUGGGCCAUCCAGAUCAGAAGCGAUGAUUUUUGUUGUUGUUUGGAUGUGUCGAUAUUAAAAAACACACCUUCAGUAGUUCAAUGAAAUAGUGAUGGAAUGGCCGUUUCAAUCUGAUCUAUUUCUAUGGAUGCUGGCUCCAAAUCUUUUUUUUCUUCAGGAACUGAACUCAUAUCAAUGGAAGGCACUUUAUUUAAGCUAUAUGUACUGUAUAUAAAAAUGCAAAAGAUUUAUUGAUUGACAGGUGAUGUGAAGAUGGCCCUAUCAAAUGUUAUGGACAAAAGCAUGAUCUUUUUGUUGUUUCUGAACCUAGUUUGACAUCUAUGGUGUUGUACAGUAUUUAUUUGUCUGAUCUCUUUUUUAAGCUUUCAAGCAUGGUGCACUGGUCAGACUGGCAAAUGAAGGCACCACAUUUAAAAAAAAAACAAAAAAAACUGAAUAACUCGCAUUGCUUCUUCAUCCAGCAGCAUCCCAAGCGCUU